AUGCAUAAAAUUCGCAGAGCGGCCCGCGUGUCAGCAUGGUACGGCCCCUCCUUCAACCCAUUCCAAAAGCGCGGCCCAAUCAGGCCCAAUCGAUCGAACUCUAUGCAGCUCGAGGAUGGACUAUCCCACACCCAGACCAUGGACGAGCUCUCGGCGGACCAGCACCGCCGAGAGGAAAUGAAGGACGGCAUUAGCGUUCCCGAGUACUCGAACACAUUCCCGCCGGAGUUCGCUGGCAGCGACCAUGAAACACACAAGUCUCCGCCUGAACCGUCCAUGGCUAGCCAGGAUCCAAUCAAUGUCUCGUCGGUGCGUGGGGUUGAUACUGAGACUGUUGGAUCUGCGCAAGCGCGUCAGCGGAAGGGUGGCAUCUUGGGCAAGUUCAAGAAUCGCCAUGAUAAUGAUGAGUUGGAGGAUAAGAAGUCGCAGUCGGAUAAACAGACCUUUACUUUUGCCUCGCAGUUAAGGGCUACUAUCUUGAACUCGUGGAUCAAUGUUCUUUUGAUUGCUGCGCCUGUUGGAAUUGCGCUUUAUGCCGUUGGAGCUAAUCCGAUUGCGGUCUUCGUGGUUAACUUCAUUGCUAUCAUUCCUCUUGCUGCCAUGCUCAGUUUCGCAACUGAAGAGAUUGCCAUUCGCACGAGUGAAACAAUCGGUGGUCUGCUGAAUGCCUCAUUCGGUAACGCCGUCGAGCUAAUCGUUGCAAUCAUCGCGCUGGUCCAGCGCAAAACCCUCAUCGUGCAGACCUCGCUCAUCGGAAGCAUUUUGUCCAACCUGCUCCUGGUGAUGGGCAUGUCCUUCUUCCUCGGUGGUAUUCCUCGCGUAGAGCAAAAUUUCAAUGUGACAGUUGCCCAGACAGCCGCGAGUAUGCUCGCAUUGGCUGUUAGCAGUUUGAUCAUCCCCACUGCCUACCACAAGUGGUCUAAUCUUGAGAAAGUAGACGGAACUGCCGCUCUGUCCCGAGGCACCAGCGUCCUCCUUCUAAUCGUGUACGGCUGCUACCUCUUCUUCCAGCUGAAGUCACACGCCGAUAUGUACAACCGGCCCAGCGAGAAGGUCGAACGGCGGAACGUAAAGGUCGGCGAAGGCGAUGCUAGCCGGGGCAUCGCGCAGAUCGGCAAAAUGACCGCCACGCCCUUGGUCGGACAGAAUCCCGACCACAUGCAGAUGGAAGACGUCCAGGAUGCACCCGAGGAGCCGCAGUUGUCCAUUACGAGUGCCGUUCUCACGCUGAUUAUCUCGACUGCUUUUGUUGCUGCGUGUGCUGAGUUCAUGGUUGAAUCCAUCGAUGCUUUGACGGCUACUGGUGACAUUCGCGAGACGUUCGUCGGGUUGAUCCUUCUGCCUAUUGUCGGUAAUGCGGCUGAGCACGCUACGGCGGUGACAGUCGCAUGCAAGGAUAAGAUGGAUCUUGCGAUUGGUGUCGCUGUCGGUUCCAGUAUGCAGAUUGCGCUGCUUGUAUUGCCGCUCAUUGUUGUUCUUGGGUGGAUUAUUGGUGUUGACGAUAUGACCCUCAACUUCGAUGGAUUCCAGGUGAUUGUACUGUUCAUGGCUGUUCUAUUGGUCAACUACCUCAUCGGUGAUGGCAAGUCUCACUGGCUCGAGGGUGUCUUGUUGAUGAUGAUGUAUCUGAUCAUCGCUCUUGCGGCUUGGUUCUUCGUUUAA